CUGGCAGCGGGGCUCAUAGAGGGCUAAACUGCCAGGGCGCCGAGACACCGAAGGCACGUGAAGUGUAAGGGCCGCCACAGCCGUGUCAGACGGGGAAAGGACUCCUUUAUUUUUAAAGGCCAAAGGAAAAAAAUGUCUCAGAAGCAGAUGAAGGAAGCUUUUGUCAGUAACCACAAUGGAACCAGCGUGCUGGAAGUCACCCAGGGCUUGUGUUUGCCUGCACUCUGUAUCGUGUGCAGAGGGCUCCUGAUCAUUCUCUCACAGCACUUGUGUUCUUCACAUACCUGGAGAACUAGAUUCUUCAUUGACUUUGUUUUCCUAAUAAUUCCCCUGGUGGCCACUUUGACCAUUUUGUCUUCAUUUGUCCUCCUUGAGCACCUUGCUGUAAUUAUCUGUGGGGCAGGGCUGUUCUAUCAAAUAUACUGCAGGAGAACUUGUGCCAGAAUGCCUGUCCAGAAAAUGCUUGAAAAAUUCUUGAAAAUCAGUAUAGAAUCUGAAUAUAUUCCAGCCAUCUCUUGUUUCCGUGUAAUUAACAGUACAUUUACUGCUAUUGCCAUUUUGGCUGUGGACUUUCCACUUUUUCCCAGAAGAUUUGCCAAAACUGAGCUCUAUGGGACAGGAGCGAUGGAUUUUGGAGUAGGAGGUUUUAUUUUUGGGACUGCAAUGGUUUGUCCAGAAGUUAGGAAAAAAUACACAGAAGAGUCCAGAUUUUAUUAUCUUACAAAGUCAUUGUACUCUGUUUGGCCAUUAGUCUUCCUAGGAAUAGGACGAUUAGUCAUUAUAAAAGCCAUAGGCUAUCAGGAACAUUUGACUGAGUAUGGAGUUCAUUGGAACUUUUUCUUUACCUUAAUAGUUGUGAAACUGAUAACAUCAUUGCUUUUGAUUAUUUUUCCUCUCAAUAAAUCCUGGAUUGUGGCAAUCAGCAUUAUUGUGUUAUACCAGCUGGCCCUUGACUUUACCCCACUCAAAAGGUUAAUUUUGUAUGGCACUGAUGGUAGUGGCACAAGGGUUGGUUUAUUAAAUGCCAACCGAGAAGGAAUAAUUUCUAUCUUGGGGUAUGUGGCAAUUCAUAUGGCUGGCGUGCAAACAGGGUCAUAUAUGCUUAAAAAAAGAUCACAUGUCAAAGACUGGGUAAAAGGAGCCCACUGUAUUUUGCUGACAGCUAUUAGUCUCUUCAUAUCUCUCUACAUAGUUCAGGUAAAUGUAGAAGUAGUAUCUCGGAGAAUGGCCAAUUUAGCCUUUUGUAUUUGGAUAGUUGCUUCUAGCCUGAUCCUUCUUAGUAGUUUAUUACUGGGUGAUAUAAUUUUGAGUUUUGCCAAAUUUCUAAUUAAAGAGGCUGUGGUACCAUGUUCUUGGAAACUGAUCCAUUCAUCUGUCACAAAUAAAAAACAUUUAGAAUCUCUGGUCUCUGAAGCUGAAAGAAAGGAACCCAGUCUUUGUUUAAUCACAGCUAUGAACAGAAACCAGUUAAUUUUUUUCUUGCUGUCAAAUAUAACUACUGGUCUGAUCAACCUGUUGAUAGAUACAUUACACAGCAGUACUUUGUGGGCCUUAUUUGUGCUCAAUCUCUAUAUGUUUACCAACUGUUUAAUUAUAUAUGUGCUACACUUGCAAGAUAAGACAAUAAAAUUUUGGUGAUCAGUAUGGGUAGGAAGUACCUGUGGUAGAGCAAUAUUUUAAUGAGGAAGAAUAUUAAAUGUGAAGAAAAUGGGCUUUUGGCAACCCAGUGUUAACCAUAUUUUUUUCAACCCUCUAUAAAUGAUGCUUAAUGUUUUAAUGUGUCUCAACACUAUAUAAAACAAACCAAUAGAGAAACAAGUCUUGUGACUCGUUAGAAUAUUUAUUAAAUUUCAGUAUUUUAAAGAAACUGCAGUUGUGACACUGAAAGAUUGGAGGGUGAGGGGGAUUUUUACUUUCUAUCUUAUUACAUACCAUUCUGUAUUUUUUUUAUUGUAUGACUUAUAACAUUUACAUGAAAACAUCUCAAUGUGAAUUUAUUGUAUGACUUUUAUAAUAAAAUUUACAUGAAAACA